GAUAAAAGAUCUUGCAGAUGCUCUAGACGAAGGAGGCUGUGAUCUUGAAACUGUGAGAAACAUAAUUCAAGGAAGGCAAUUGCCUGCUGAUCUGAGGGCCAAAGUCUGGAAGAUUACACUUAAUGUUGUAGGAAAGGGGGACAGCCUAGCAUUCUGGGAUGGCUCUUUAGACCUACCUGAACAGAGUAUAAUUCAUAAGGAUUGCCAAGAGCUAAUUGACCAGUUGUCGGUACCCGAAGAGGAGAAGUCAGUAUUAAUUUUGGAUAUUGAGUCUGUUAUUACUUUUUAUUGUAAAUCUCGCAAUGUUAAAUACAGUUCUUGCCUCAGCUGGAUACAUCUACUCAAACCUCUGGUGCACCUCCGUUUGCCCCGCAGUGAUUUGUACAACUGCUUUUAUGCUAUCAUGAAUAAAUUCAUUCCAAGGGAUUGUUUUCUGAAGGGAAGACCAUUUCAUCUAUUCAGACUACUGCUUCAGUACCAUGAGCCUGAACUCUGCUCCUUUCUUGAUACAAAGAAGAUGACUCCAGACUCAUAUGCACUCAACUGGCUUGGAAGCCUCUUUUCAUAUUACUGUUCAGCUGAAGUCACUCAGGCAAUAUGGGAUGGAUAUCUACAACAAGCAGAUCCAUUCUUUAUUUAUUUCUUAAUGCUGAUCAUCCUUGUCAAUGCAAAAGAUGUUAUCCUAGCACAAGAAUCAGAUAAAGAAGAAAUGAUAAAAUUCUUAGAAACAUCACCAGCCAAUCUGGAUUUAGAGGAUAUAGAAGAUCUCUUCUCUUUGGCACAAUAUUACUGUAGCAAAACUCCAGCUUCCUUCAGGAAGGACAACCACAGUCUUUUUGGCAGCAGCUUGCUGGGCCUCAAAGAUGAUGACACAGACUUGAGCCAGGCUCUCUGUCUCGCAGUUUCUGUGUCUGAGAUUCUUCAAGCAAAUCAACAACAAGGAGAAGGAGUGAGGUUCUUUGUAGUGGAUUGUCGUCCUGCAGAGCAAUACAAUGCUGGGCAUUUAUCAACUGCAUUUCAUUUAGACUCGGAUUUGAUGCUUCAAAACCCAUCAGAAUUUGCACAGUCUGUAAAAUCCCUAUUAGAAGCACAAAAACAGUCUAUUGAGUCUGGCUCCAUAGCUGGUGGGGAACACCUCUGCUUCAUGGGAAGUGGCAGGGAAGAAGAAGAUAUGUAUAUGAACAUGGUGUUAGCACAUUUCUUACAGAAAAAUAAGGAAUAUGUAAGCAUUGCCAAAGGAGGAUUUAUGGCCCUCCAGCAGCACUUAGCAGAUAUCAAUGUGGAAGGACCAGAAAAUGGGUAUGGCCAUUGGAUUGCUAGUACCUCAGGCUCAAGAAAUAGCAUCACCUCUGUUGAUGGUGAUUCUUCUAAUGGUUCAGCUGAUGGAAAAGGAGUGAAGUCCCUGGUGAAUAAAAUGACAGUUGCUUUGAAGACUAAAUCUGUGAAUGUGAAAGAAAAAGUUAUUAGUUUUAUUGAAAACACAUCUACUCCAGUGGACAGACAUGUCAGCAGCAGUGACAGAGUAGGAAAACCCUACCGUGGUGUGAAACCAGUAUUCAGCAUCGGGGAUGAAGAAGAAUACGAUACUGAUGAAAUCGAUAGCUCCUCAAUGUCGGACGAUGAUCGAAAAGAGGUGGUCAACAUCCAAACAUGGAUCAAUAAACCUGAUGUGAAGUACAGCUUCCCAUGUAAUGAAGUAAAAGAAAACGGACAUAUGUUUCCCAGUCAUCUCCUAGUAACAGCAACACAUAUGUACUGUUUGAGAGAGAUUCCUUCACGAAAGGGACUGGCUUACAUACAGUCUCGACAGGCACUCAACUCCGUAGUCAAAAUCACAUCCAAGAAGAAACACCCAGAACUGAUCACCUUUAAAUAUGGAAAUAGCAAUACUUCAGGCAUAGAAAUUUUGGCAGUUGAAAGGUAUUUGAUUCCAAAUGCAGGUGAUGCUACCAAAGCCAUAAAACAACAGAUCAUGAAAGUACUGGAUGCCUUGGAGAGUUAAUAAUUAAAGACUUUGUAGAGACCAGUUUAUAAAGAAGAAGCAACCAAGAUACUGUAUAUGGACACGAGCUGACUGUUUCCCAACUGAAUACUAACUUAGGAGAAUUUUUAUGUUUCCUGAUGGGAGUGCCUGAGUAGCAGGCUUAAGAUAGGGUAAAUUAUUAUCAAUUUCUGAACAGGAUUUUUAAUUUUUUUAUUAUAAUUUUUUGGUUUUGAAGAAUGUUUAUUAUAAAGGUCAGUUUGUUGCAUU